AUUUUAAUAAAAAAGGACUUUUGGUUAAAAUACUGCCUUAUGGCCUAAGCAGUUGCGAGUUGUUAUCCCGGCAACGAUCCCCCAAAUACCGUGCCCCGACCCAGUCGACGGCACAACACGCCGUACGAGUCACCCCUCCUCACCGCUGCUUCGCCUCCACGGGCGUCGAUUAUGCCGGUCCGAUCAAGGUGCGUUCGUCGUCUGGUCGAGGUAUAAAGUCCCACAAGGCCUAUGUCGCUUUAUUUAUUUGCUUAGCCACUCGCGCAAUCCAUAUCGAAUUAGUCAGCGACUACUCGACCGGCGCAUUCAUUUCCGCGUUCAAAAGAUUUUGCUCGCGCCGUGGACUUCCUCAAGCGGUCUACUCAGACAACGGCACCACCUUUGUCGGUGCCGACCGAGAAUUAACGGCAUCUCUUCGAUCUGCUCUCCGCGAUUCAAAUUUUAGAAACGAUACGGCGCUUGACAAAAUUUCUUGGCAUUUCAUCCCGCCUUCCGCCCCUCAUUUCGGCGGCUUAUGGGAGGCCGGGGUGAAAAGUGUCAAACACCAUAUGCGUCGCGUUCUCGGUGAUCACACUCUGUCAUUUGAAGAGCUUUCUACUUUUCUUUGUCAGAUCGAAGCGUGCCUUAAUUCUCGGCCCAUCGCCCCGUUAUCCGAUGACGUGGACGAUCUUCAAUUUUUAACGCCUGGUCAUUUUCUUAUCGGCUCCUCGAUAACUGUUCCGCCUGAGCCGUCUCUUCUUAACCUGAAAGAGAACCGCCUCUCCCGAUGGCAACUAGUGCGUCAACUCAACGAGCGAUUUUGGACGUGUUGGAUGCAGGACUACAUAAAUACGCUCCAGCAGCGCGCUAAAUGGCGCAAGGUGCAACCUGCGCUCUCAGUUGGCAGAAUGGUUCUUCUACGGAACCCGCUUCUCCCCCCGUGCAAGUGGGAGCUCGGCCGCAUUACUGUCUUGCAUCCCGGUAAAGACGGGCUCAGUCGCGUCGUCACCGUUAAAACCGCGACUUCACAAUAUGUACGACCUAUCGGCAAACUCUGUCUUCUUCCGAUCGAAAGCGCCUCAGCUCAACAGACUUAG